GCCAGAUCAACCAAAACAAAUCCAGCAAUAUUUACCAAGUUGUCAUCCUAAUGUCUUAAUUUCUUACCCUUCAGUUCCUCAACUGAACAAAGCGAAAGGGCUCUUUCAUUUCCUGUCUUUAACUCCUGACCCACCAAGUCCUUUCUGUCUCCUCUGCAAAACCCUAAUCCAGAAUUAACCCAAUUUGGCAUUUGAUUGUUCAAGCCAACGUCUUUAGUUUCUUUGGAAAAAGGGUGCUUUGGUUCUGUUUAAGCGCAGGCAACCAUCACAGUGACAGUUUCAUGGCAGGCAAUGGCCUGCCACCUUUGGGUCGUGUGAAGCUUAGCGAUCUAGUUCCCUCUGAAGGCCUUCCUUCUGAAUCUUACAAACUAUCAGUAACAACUUUGUCACAAUCGCUUGUUCAAUAUUCUGCCGCCAUCAUUCAGUUUUCAUCAAGUGACGGGGCUCUCUUAAGAUCUGGUUUGGAUUCUGCUCGCUUGUAUUUCCAUCAACGAUCAUCAUUUCCAGCUCCAGAUAUGAUUCACACUAAUGAUUCUCGCGAAUGGUGCAAGACAUCAGGUUACUACAUGGAUCCUCAGCUAUGGCAGGAAACAUAUGAUUAUAGACCUGGACUCACUCCUAUAGAGCCCAACAAUACAAUGGAAAUUCCUCCAGGAGGUUUGCCUGACAUCUUUUGCCUGCUUGGAAAGGCAGCUAGGGAUAUACUGGAUGCCAUCAGCUUCUAUUUGAAUUUGCGUAGCUCUCCAUUCACUGAAAUACUUGAUAAUGUUCCCUUGAGAAACAGGGAAAUAUCAUCUUCUGUGUUAUCUGUUUGUUGUCAUGCAAGGCCAUCUUUUCAGGGCACACAACAUCAUAAUUUAACAGCCCAUGAGGACGGGCAGCUGGUUAUGUAUCCAGACCAUGAGAACCAAGUGGAUAAAAGCCUAAUAUCUCUUGUCAAGUCAGAUAAGCCAGGUUUACACAUAAGAGACCUUCAUGGUCGGUGGGUUCCUGUGGAUGUUGAUCUUGGUCCUCAAGAAGCCAUUGUAUACCCUGGUCUUGCCCUCUACCAGGCAACUGCAGGCUAUGUCAACCCAGCACUGCUCAGAACAGAGUUUAAUAGCAUGCAGGGUAGCAUGUAUGGACGCUGUUCUUUGGCUUUUAAACUUAUGCCAAAAUCCAUGACCAGUCUCAAUUGUUCAGAGAUGAGAGCAGCUGGUCAUGGUGUUGAAGCUCAAUUUCAGCUACCAAUACCAGUGGAUGAUUUCAUGCAGAGAUCUCAUCCUACCGACCAGCUCUUUAACAGACAUAAUUUCCAGAGUUUCAGUUUCCCUACAGCGCAAGAUGGAUCUGCGAAGCCCUUGAUGAGGAGGAGGAAGAAUAAUUCAAGAUGCAAACCUCUACCACCUUCAAAGAGGCUAAGGCUUGAGGCCCAGAGGGUUCUGAAAGAAAGAGUUCAGGACAUUGCUGAUAAAAAGGGUAUCAAGUUAAGAUUCUGCAACCUGAAAGAGUGUGAGAAUCACAUUCAUGCCCUAGAUAGCCCAUGUGCAAACAUAAGAAUGGAGAUUGGAUGGCCUCCUGGAGUGCCAUUUGUUCAUCCCCAUGAUUUACCAAAUAAGGCAAAGAUUAGUUUUCUUGAAGCUUACGAGCCUGGUGCUACUCACGAUAUGGAGUUGAGUUUCACAGACCCUGGACAAGGCAGUCAGCAUACGUCCAGCUGUAAUUGAAUCAGUUUCAACUGUUUUAAAUAGGUGGCAACCAUUGAUCAGCUCAUGACUGAGACUGACUUGGAUGAUCUCUAUAGUUGUCUUGUAUGGACCAUUUAACCAGUCUUCAUUCAGGUUUUGACGCUACAGUGGUUCUCCAAAACUGUAUGAGAAGAGAGCAUUUGAGCUACAAUCACUGAGGAUAUGUGAAACACAGGUUACUUUGGCUUGGAUCGUUCUGUGUCUAAAUUGAUAAGAUCGUGGUAGUGUUGUGUUGAGAUCUACUUAGCCACGUUAGUAGUUGGUUCGGAUCCGUACACAUUACCAGUAGAGAGUUGAAAUCAGAUGUAUACUUACUGGUCCUUGUAAUGUUUCUAUACGAAUAUAACUAAACAAUCACUGUCAUACAAUUCAAUGUCGUUCUUUUAAUCAGCUGAAAGCUAAACUUUCUGUUUC